AUGAUCUUGGAAGAAUGUGCGAAGGAUUACGAUUCAAAUGAUGAUGGAUAUGGUGGAUAUAAUGAAUAUAGUGAACGUGAUAGAGGUUAUUACUGUUAUGAUGGAGGAUAUGAAAGAAAAACCUCACUAAUGAUGAGUCCUAUUAUCUUUCUGGUAACCGCCUAG